GUUUCAAAUGAUCAUCAAAACUAACAAAGUUCUAAAAAAUGCAGUAUUACGAAAAGUUCCUUAUUUCAUUUUAUUUUUAAUUGUGAUAUUUUCUUUUAUUGCUACAUAUUAUCCACUGACAAUGCACAAUGAGCAUGACGAGGAAGAGAACUUGGAGUAUUUCGAUCAAUUUUCCAUGAAAAGAAACGUUCACAAUGAAAAACGCGAUAUAACAGUAUUGAUAAUUGUGAAUAAUUUGGGAAGAGCGGAAAGUGAAUAUAGCAUUUCAUUGAAUACAGUUCGAUGCUAUUGCCAAAAACACAAUUAUCGAUUGGAAAUUGUAGAGGAUACUGAAUUUCGAAAUUUCUGUCAACAGGAAAAUAGCAUGUACCGUCGCCACUGCAUAGUUGGUCAUUUGCUCCGUAACAAUGAUUUCAUAUUUUUGUUAGAUCCUGGAAUGACUAUUUUGAAUACUGAAAUAAGACUAGAACAGUUUACCGAUGAAAAGUAUGCGUUGACUAUGUUCGAUAAAUUUUCCAACUGGGAGAUUGAAACUAAUUCAUACGUUGUCAAAAACACAUAUUGGUCCCGCAACUUCUUGAUGAAGCUUGCAGACUUUGAAUCAAAGCUCCCUUUUUCAAGUACAGAUAACGUUGCAAUUCAUAUUCUCAUUCAGAAAGAUUUCUAUCCACAGUUCACCGAAGAAGCCGGGACUUGCCUUAAAAUUUUGGAAAAUUUGGAAUUUUCCACUUCAAAUUCAGCUAUUAUGUACACAUUCGAGGCAUGUAUUCGAGCAGUUAUCGGAGAAAAUCACGAGUUCAAAAAUUUAAGGAUACUUAAAAAAGGCACAGGCUGGGCGCGAGAUAUUUGGUUGACUGAAUCAAAAUGGAGCCAGCAAAGAGAUUUUAUGCUCAGUGGUUUGAAAUAUUCACUGAAGACUGAAAUUUCAAAUGGGAUACUGUCUAAUAUAUUCCUCGGCAAAGAAUCCUGGAAAUCACCAUUCCUAAAAACUCCGUUUUUAGGAGAAUGUGAUGAAAAGGAUUGGAUACACGAUCAAUCUCUCAUCACAACAAAAACCGAAAUCGAAAGGUAUCUAGUGGAGAAAUUUAAAGAAGUUGAGAAAAUGCGGUGGCGAAGUUUAGCUGCAGCUGGAAAUUAUUUAAGUAAACAAUCAUAGAUUUCCAAUAUCGAUUAUUCAUUGAGAAAUUUUUCAUAAUGGCGUCAUUAUUGCUCUAAUAUUUUGAAUUACUUUAACAAACAUUAAUUCCCGAGUUAAUUCCCACUUGCUUUAAAUUAUACUGUUUUAUUCAUCAUUGUUUGUAAAAAUAUAUCUGAAUAUAUAUACUCAACUAAUUUACAGUGUAUAUAAUUGCUUUCCAAAUAAAUAUUUUAAAGAAAA